GUUGGAGUCGAUAUUUGGUGGGGAUUUUUAUUUCACUGCUUGUCGUGGUAUCUGUCGGAACGUUGAAUAGGAAAAAAAAUAUAUAAAAAUAAAUUACAAGCAUUUUGUGAGUAAAGGAUAAUAAAAAUAUAACAAAUAUGGGAACCGGUGCCGCCAACUACACCCCACCAGAAUGGAUUACAGCUGAAUUUCUACAGGACGUUCUCAAGGAAUAUUUCAAAGACGACACCUUGGAGGUGCAUGAAAUUGUUGUGAAAAGUGUUAGCACGGAUGCGGCCAGAGGCAGUGGAUUUGCCAGUGAAAUGCAUCGGGCCAUUUUCAAUUUGAAACGUAAUGAUGUUACCGGCAAAUUUUCGGUCAUUAUCAAGGACCACCCCAAGGGUUUCACUGGCGUUGUGGCGCACAAAAGUAAACUCUUCAAACGUGAAAUUAUGGCCUACAAGGAAAUAAUACCACGCGUCGAAGAACUACUCGCAUCGAUUGGUGAUACAACCAAGGUAGCACCGGCCUGUUAUUACACCACCGAAUCCCCUCAACCAUUCCUCGUUUUAGAGGAUAUGAAUUUGACUGGCUUUGAAAAUUUCGAAAAUGGACGUUUACUCAAUUUGGAUCAUGUCCUACCGGUUAUUGAAAAAUUAGCCAAGCUACAUGCCUGUUCAGCUGUCAUUGCUGCUGAAAAUCCUAAAAUUAUGGAAUUCUUUGAAGAGGCACCCAUAUCACGUAAUCCCGAUCGUAAAGAUUUCCUAACAUUCUUCCCCGUCAACAUUCGCUGUGUAGCCGAGGAGAUUGCCCAUUGGAAGGGUUUCGAAGAAAUCACUGAGAAAAUGUUUAAAUUGGCCGAAAAUGUUUUACCAGCCGCCGUGGAAAUGUAUGAAUCGCAUGAAAAUGGUUUCCGGGUGUUUAAUGUGGCCGAUUUGUGGGUGGAUAAUUUGAUGUUCCACAUUAACAAUGAGACCAAGGAACCGGAUAAUGUGGUUUUGUUGGAUUUCCAAUUGGCCUACUAUGGUUCCCCAGCCAUGGAUUUGAAUUACUUCCUUUAUGGCUCUUUAAACGAAAAUGUACGCAAGGUCCAUUUGAAAUAUAUUGUUCGGGAAUACCAUCGCAUCUUCAAAGAAACUUUACAAAAAUUGAACUAUGAAGGUGAUAUACCCUCGUUGAAGGAUAUUACCAUUGAAAUCAUCAAGAAUAGUUUACAAGCUGUCAUUGCUGCCACCUGCCUUACACCCAUCAUUUUCAUGGAAAAAGAUGGUUUCCAAAAUCUGGAACAUCUGACCUCCCGCACCGAAGAAGGCGACCAGCUGCGUCGUCAAAAUGUUGAAAACAUGAAAUAUCGUCAAUUUUUACAGCGCACUGUUAAAGAAUUCGAAUUGAGUGGUUUCCUAGACCUUUAAAGUAUUUCCUUCGCCGUUAUCUUAGUUUGUAAGCUUUAUUCGUGUUUUUUUUUUCGGAUGCCUUGUUUUGUUAUGAAAUAUUAUGAGCAAUUUCUAUUCACAUAAAGUAUUUUUUCAAACAAAGUA